CAGUGAAAUUUGUGAAGAUUUGUUUUUGAUUGAUUUUCGUUGUGUUUGGCCAUUUUUGUGGUUUUUUCGGCGAUUGUGGAAGUGUCCGUUCGUGUGUGUUUGAGGUGCGGCUGUGUGUAUGUGUGGAAAACGCCAAAAUGCGCUGGCCGCUGCGGCUCUGAACAGGAAUUUGUCGAUUGCCGCACGUGACGUCAUCAGAAGUCUCAUCUCCACACACAUACGCACAGGGAACUCGUUGAGUUUGCUGUAAAAAUAAUGAAAGCAGUCUGUGAACGUCGGCUGGAAAAGGGAACAUCAACAAGAAAGACAACUACAAGAGGGACAGGAAGAACCACCACCCCAACAACAAAACACACAAGAGAAGGAGGAGAACAGAACGCGCCUUGAUCAUCAGCAGAUACACAAAGAGAGCGAGCGGAAGGAAAAGAGAGAGCGAGAGAGAGAAACAUUGCCUAAAAUUGAAUUUACUGCUGGAUUUCGUCUGACCUUUUGCCAACACACCCCCUUCCCCUUCCUCGGGCAGUUGCUGUAAAGAGAGAGACUAUAAAGAGAGACAGAGCGAUGGAUACCCGUGUGGAGCUCGAACUCCGGCCGAUAGGCGACGAGAAUCUGAAACCGGAACUGCAACUGCAACCUGAGGAGUCACAAUCGGAUCCCAAGAUGGAAACCGAAUACGAAGCAGAAGCGGAGCUGGAAUUGGAAGAGGGAGAGGCAGAGCAGAAGCAUUUGCUGACCCCCAAUCAUGCCUUGGCGACCAGCAGUUUGGGAAACUCCAUCCAUGACCUGCAGGCCAGCCCAAGGACUCCGACGCCGACAUCGACACCGCCGCCACCGCUGUUAAAUGUGCUGCCCGGCACCUCCAGACAGCUGUUCCGGGAUGCGGCUUUGGCCCACGGAGGCCUGGAGUCGACGUCCCUGCUGCAGCAGGAGCUGCAGAGCAUCGCGGGAAACCAGACGCCGGCGAACAAGCUGCGGAGCGCCAGUUCCACGCUGGACGCAAGCGUGUCGCGUAAUCCGUCGACCACGGGCGGGAAGCAGGACAAGAAGAAGAUCGGCCACCGGCGCGUGGCCGAGGGCGGGGAGGUGACCUACAAGAAGAUCCAGUCGAAGCAGAUCAUGGGCUCCAUCCAGCUGGGAAUCCAGCACACGGUGGGCAGCUUGGCCAGCAAGCCGAAGCGGGAUCUGCUGAUGAACGACUUCUGGGAGAUGGAGACCAUUUCGUUCCCGCCCGACGGCUCCUCGAUCACGCCGGCGCACCACUAUAGCGACUUCCGGUUCAAGGUGUACGCCCCGAUAGCCUUCCGCUACUUCCGGGACCUUUUCGGGAUCGCGCCCGACGACUUCCUCAUGUCGAUGUGCGCCUCGCCGCUCGUCGAGCUGUCCAACCCGGGAGCCUCCGGGUCCAUAUUCUACCUCACGGACGACGACGAGUUCAUCAUCAAGACUGUGCAGAAGAAAGAGUGCGAGUUCCUGCAAAAGCUUCUGCCCGGCUACUACAUGAAUCUCUCCCAGAAUCCGCGCACGCUGCUGCCCAAGUUCUUUGGGCUCUACUGCUUCCACUACAACUCGAAGAACGUGCGCCUGGUGGCCAUGAACAACCUGCUGCCGUCGGACAUCAAGAUGCACUGCAAGUACGACCUGAAGGGCUCCUCGUUCCGGCGCAAAGCCUCCAAGGCGGAGCGCCAGAAGGCCAGUCCCACGUUCAAGGACCUUGACUUUGCCGAGCACCACCCGAACGGCAUCUUCCUCGAGACGGAUAAGUACAAUGCUCUGAUGCGCACCAUCCAGCGCGACUGCAUGGUCCUGGAGAGCUUCCAGAUCAUGGACUACUCGCUCCUGGUGGGCAUCCACAACCUGGAUAUCGCAGCCAAGGAGAAGCGGGAGGAGCGCAUUCGGAAUGCACGUGCCAAGCUGCAGCGAAAGGAGAGCGCCGCCCAGACCGCCUCUUCUAACGUCCACCUGGACGACGACGCCCCCGAGGCGGACCAGAACCAGCUGCAUGCAGUGGCCUCGUACGCCUCCAUUCCGGGCACCUCGGGGGCGGCCCUCAAUCGGACGCGCAGCAUGAACCGCCAGCGCCUGGUGGCCCAUUCCACGGCCAUGGAGUCGAUCACGGCCGACAUGGACGUGACAUUGGAGGAGGACGAGGACGUGCCGGCCGGCGGCAUUCCCGCCCGAUCCGAGAACGACGAGCGGCUCAUCCUGUACAUCGGCAUCAUCGACAUUCUGCAGUCGUACCGCCUGGAGAAGAAGCUGGAGCACACCUUCAAGAGCAUCCUCUACAACGGGGACACGGUGUCCGUGUGCCGGCCCUCCUUCUACGCCAAGCGCUUCCAGGACGCCAUGGCCAAGCAGGUGUUCAAGAAGACGCCCACGUUUCCACUGAAACAUUCCCCCUCCAAGCGCAAGACCUCGGCCAGCCAGCUCCUGCGCACCCCCCAGACGCGCACGCCGGCGCAAAGCACGCCCGCCGGUGGAUCGGGACGGCCUGGUGUCCUCACCAUGAUGUCGGGCAUGUCCACGCCCCCGCCAGCCUUUGACGACAUCUCCGAGGAGGACAUCACGGCCGCCUCCAGCACAACGCUCCAGAAUCGCAGCCAGACGAACAACAACCACGGGGAGGAGCACCAGCCGGAGUUGGGACGCGUCUCUGGCGGCAGUGGCGGUGGCGGUGGUGGAGAGCCGAGCAGCACCUACCACACCCAGUACUCGUACGACAGCUCCGGGCGCACCGGCAGCGCCAUGACCAGCGACUAUAGCGACGACGAGUCCACGGUCUCCAGGUCGCGCUCGCCGUUGCAGCAGCAGCGAACUAGUCACCGCCUCACCAAGACCAGUGUCCAGGUUACGACGGUGGGCUAUGUGGAGGAGCGGCAGCUCUCCAACGCCGGCGGACAGGUAGUGCAUGCGGACACCAAUGGGAAGGUCGGCACGAUGACCACCAGCACCACCACCAAGACGGCCCUCAUCCAGGCGCCCAGCUACACGUCUACGCUGGUGCUCAACGAUUUGCCGCACUAGAAUCGGGAGGGCUUCUAUAGGGCGAACAGGGAACGGGAUCCAGGCUACCGCUGCUUGUGUGUGUGUGUGUGUGUAUCUGUGUGUGCAACCGAUGUGCUCGCGUGCCUUCCACUCUUUUGACUUUGUUGCAAAAAUUGUGUGUUUCGGCGCUCGUUUAUCUUGAUUAAACGAAAACGAAUACGUAUAUUCGAUAUUAAAAUUUAUGUGGCGCCCUUCCUAAUUGGCUGCCUCCGCACCCCCUCUCCUCCUGUAACGCCACCACCAAAAUCCACACCCACACGCCCACACACAGACAGACAGAUGGAGGGGAAGAGGCAACAACAAAUGUUCACCGUUUUUGCCCAUUAAAAUGUAUAAUUAUUGUAUUUUCUUUCAUUCUACUUUUCUGCGACAAUUUUGUAAUUCGUUUUUCCAUUCUAUCUUUUCAAUGACUUUUUGUUGUUGUUGUGCGUGGGGUUUAAUUUUAAAGAAUGGAAAUUAUUGGAAGGGGUCGAAGGAAACGGAGGAAAUGGAACAGGAAAGUGUAGCCAAAACUCAGUUGUUGUCUAUGUUUGCGUACGUCUGUUUGUGUUUCUGUAUUAUAAAGUGCGUUUACGUAUUCUAAGAGAUGCUCAUGUGUAUAUACAUAAUUAACGAGAAUAAAUCUAUAUAUUUUA